AUGUCGGAAACCGCUCCUGCCGAGACGGCCGCCCCGGCGCCGGUGGAGAAGUCUCCUGCCAAGAAGAAAGCCACCAAAAAGGCGGCUGGCGGCGGCGCAGCCAAGCGCAAGGCCGCGGGGCCCCCGGUGUCCGAGCUGAUCACGAAGGCGGUGGCCGCGUCCAAGGAGCGCAACGGCCUCUCCCUGGCCGCGCUCAAGAAGGCGCUGGCGGCCGGCGGCUACGACGUGGAGAAGAACAACAGCCGCAUCAAGCUCGGCCUCAAGAGCCUGGUGAGCAAGGGCACCCUGGUGCAGACCAAGGGCACCGGCGCCUCGGGCUCCUUCAAGCUCAACAAGAAGGCGGCCUCCGGCGACGCCAAGCCCAAGGCCAAGAAGGCGGGCGCGGCCAAGCCCAAGAAGCCGGCGGGGGCUGCCCCCAAGAAGCCCAAGAAGGCUGCGGGAGCCAAGAAGGCCGUGAAGAAGACGCCCAAGAAGGCCAAGAAGCCCGCGGCCGCCGGCGUCAAGAAGGUGGCGAAGAGCCCCAAGAAGGCCAAGGCUGCCGCCAAGCCCAAGAAGGCGGCGAAGAGCCCCGCCAAGCCCAAGGCGGUCAAGCCCAAGGCGGCCAAGCCCAAAGCCGCCAAGCCCAAGGCGGCCAAGCCCAAAGCCGCAAAGGCCAAGAAGACCGCGGCCAAGAAGAAGUAG